GUCGACAUUAGCACACUAGUUACUCAGCUCGUACCUCUGAUACCUGGCGCUAAUCUCUCUUUCUGGUGAAUUGUUGUCGAUGUUGUCGACUUUUUAAACGACAAAAACAGUUUUUUUUUUUCACUUAGAAUCAAUCUUUGCAUUUAAAUUGACUACUUUUGAGUUCAAAUGUGUUGACUACAUUGAAAGGAAGAAUCGAAACGAAGUUCUAAUCACUCUAAUGCAGUUUUGAACAUAUUUCACCAAAUUCAUUGGAUUUUUAUUCAAUUAAUUCGGCUUCAAUUAGUUCUAAUCAGUGUCAAACGGAGAGCAUCUUUGUUUGUGUUCAUUAGGUAUUUUUAUGCGAUUUAUGCAUUAAAACAUCACUUUGCUCUGAUUCGACGGUUCAGUUUUAGUCAUUGUGGUUCAAUCGGUUCGUUUUUUAGUCAUUGUGCCCUAUCUUCGACUUGAAUAAAAAUUUUAAGACAAAAACGGAUCAAAAACGUACAAAAAACCACGAAAAUUUCAAUUUUUGUCUUUGUUCUCCGGACAAUUUUGUAUGAACAAAUCUGAAACAAUUUAUUCGGCAGAAAAGUUUGACUAAAAAAUUUGCCUAAAAUCGUCCGAAUAAUAUACAAAAGUCGUACUAAAAGUUCCAAAAACAAAUUCAGUGUCAAAAAUUCAAGUUUAUUCAAACAAUUCAAUUCGAUUAGACAGUGUUCAUCGUUUAUGUUUCUCAACAUUUGCCAAAUGAAUAAGUGAAUAAUCGUGAAGAAACCUUUUUCGAUUGACAACUUGAUUUGAAACGUCUCAAUCAAUAAAAUGGGAAGUAAAAAUUGCGAUUAAAAAUCACAAAACUAAACACGUGAAAGUAAAACCAAAAAUAUCAGCGAAAAUCAGAGGCAAUUGAGAAAAUGUGAACAGUAGCAAAUGCGAAUAAAUGCUAGCGAAUACAACGAAGUGACAGUGUGAGUGGAAUAGUGAUCUGGGCCAAAACGCGGUGUGUGAUAACCUGAUAACAACAAAGUUGAAAGGGAACCAGAGCCUAAACGCCGUUAAAUACUUGCCAAUAAGUGCAUAUUGGAUCGAACUAUAACCAAAAGUGCAUAUUAGAUCAUUAUAUUGAUUGAUUAAUGGCAAAAAGUAGCAUUGUUCAAUCGCUGCAAAUACAAAAAUGAAAUGCUCAAACGUUACAAAUUAAAUCGACUAAAAAGGUGAAUCAAUUCAAAGAAACUGAAAGGUCCUCUUCAUUUUGAACCGUAUCUCUGUGUAGUUAACGAGCAACAUUUUGUUCAAAAAAGGAUUCUUCAUUCACGUGUGUGCAGAAAAAAAAAAACGAUAUGUGUGUUCAUUCAGAGAAAAAAGCGGCUCAUAGCUCACAUCGACUAGUCGGCCCGUAGUUUACGUCAGAAACAAUUGUAUGCCCUGUUGAACAGUUGAAGCCAAUGAUUUAUACGAUAAGUUUAUUUGAUGAUAGUAUAAUCAGAUAUCAGGUGAAGUGUUUAGCAGCUCACAGAGACAUUGGUGCUGCCGAACGGAACGGAGCUGAAUAGAGCUGAGCAUUGAUAAAAUGCAACCGUGAUAAAAAGGCAAAAUUAAUUGUUAUUUGAAUUGGGUGCUCGGAAAUUGUGUGACGCAGUGUGCAUAUUGGUUAUUGUGUGUGUUCAUUCAAAUUGUUCUCUCGGUGCAGAAAAAAGAGAGAGAGAGAGAAAAAAAAACCGCUAAAAAAGAAGCAAGAAUGUGUGACACAGCCCAGAUUUUUUCAAACCGAUAAUGAAGCGCUCAUUUUCAACGGUGAUCAAGUCACGACAUAUAGUUUAUUUUAAUUGGAUUAACGAAUGAAAACAGCAACAACGACGACGACGAAAAAGAUUAAAAAAUCAAAUAAAUUGUGUAUGAGGAAAAGCGAGAGCGUGCGCGCGCCCAACACAUCACCGAUUCCGAAUUUUCAUCAAUGCAGUGGUUGAAUACAGUGCAUGACACAAGAAAGAGAGGGAGGCUAUAUGAAAAGAAAGCCAUUUAUGUAUCGCCACAAAUAUUACCUCAAUGUAAUGCGCCCGGGGAAAAAAAACGUCGAUGAAUUUGCCAACACUCCUACGUGUGUGAUUUUGUUCGUUUUUUUUUCAAGUUUUUAUCGGUAAAUUGGUAAUUUAACGGUUUCGAACAAACCAGGCGACAUCACCUGGCGAACUCACAGUGAUCUUGGCAAAAGUGUGUGUGUGUGUGUAUGUGUGUGUGCAAACAUUGUAACAUUGUUUAGUGGAUUGGUUUUUUAUCGUCCGUGCUGAAAAAAACAUCGAAAUUUGUAGUAAUUAAAAUAAAAUAAGAGAAUAAGAGGAUCGUGGAAAAUAUAUAUAUAUUGCAAAUCACACCGUGUGAAAAGAAAAAAGGCGCAGUACGUGGCGCUUUUUUCCAUUUGUGCAGCGAAAAAAGAGAGAGAGAGAGAGUGAGGUACAAGCAGGAAAAAUGACAUCAGUUCGAAUGUAAUACCGAAAAUUGCUGUAUUUUGCAUUCCUUUUGGCUUAUAACGAGAGUAAAACGAAUACGAGUGAGAAAAGGCGCCGACACAACAGCGAAUACAACAUUAAUAAUGCUCAAGCGAUGAGAUGAAAAUGAGAAACAAUCGGCUGUUUCUUGGAGUUGUUCUAUUCGCAUUUAGAAUAAGAAUCGCAUGCAGUUUUGCGUCAUCGAUAAUUUGCAGCCGAGUUCCUGGUUUAACACCAGCACAACGGCAACUGUGCAGCGAAGCACCCGAUGCAUUCAUUGCACUGGGCGAUGGCCAUAUGCUUGGUGCCGAAGAAUGUCAACAUCAAUUCAAAGGCCAUCGAUGGAACUGUACGCAAGUCUGGAAGAAAGAUGUUUUCUCACACAUUGUCAUUGUUGGUUCUCGUGAGGCGGCUUUCACAUAUGCUAUAUCGAGUGCGGGCGCUGUGCACGCCAUUACGGCCGCCUGUGCUCGCGGUAAUAUCUCGUUGUGCGGUUGCGAUGCAAGCCAUCGUCUUCAAUUGCCAUAUGCUAAACAGUUGGAACAACAGCAACAAACAUGGAAAUGGGGCGGCUGUUCGGCUGACAUCAAUUUUGGUAUGAAAUUUGCACGGAAAUUCUUCGAUGCGCGUGAAAUUGAAGGGGACGCCCGCAGUCUUAUGAACUUGCACAACAAUCGAGCCGGUCGAAAGCUGGUAAAGAAUCUACUGCGCACCGAUUGUAAAUGCCACGGCGUAAGUGGAUCAUGUGCAAUGAAAACGUGUUGGAAGAGUUUGCCGCCGUUUCGCGUUAUCGGCGAUGUUCUCAUGAAAAAAUACCACAGAGCCAAAAGUGUUGAAGCCGUCAUCGAUCGGCAUGCAACUCGCGCUUCAGGCCUACACAACGAACAUAACUUAAGCUUAGUGAUUAAACGGGAUCGUACGACGUCACUACAUAAUAAUCGUCGUAAAUAUGAGACACCGAAACGCUUAGAGCUUGUCCAUUUGGAUCCAUCGCCGCAGUAUUGUGAACGAAAUUUAAGCACCGGUUCGUUGGGCACCGUUGAUCGGCCAUGCAAUCUCACCGCACACGGACUCGACAGUUGUGAUCUCUUGUGCUGUGGCCGCGGUCAUAAUAUUCAUCAGUUUAAUAAGAAAUGGCAGUGCCGCUGUAAAUUUAAAUGGUGUUGUGAAGUCCAAUGUGAUAUCUGUCAUGAACGCAUAGAACAGUAUACCUGUAAAUAGCGCAUAAGCAACGUCUCAAAUCAUCGAACCAAACUCAAAAAUGAAAUUUUGUAGCAGCAGCAGCAUCAAAAUGAAUCUUGUCAAAAGGAUGAGCGAAUGUCUAAUUGAAAUUGGCAAAAAAAAACUCAAAUUUGUAUUAAAAUCCAUCAAAACCGCCCAUUUUCUCACAAGCAAAUCUGCGGGUUAAUCGAAUCGAUUUUUUUGAGUUAAAUUGAAAAAGGAGAUUCUAUUUCAUUCCAAGGACGAAUGUGAACAAACGGUUUCAUUGUGUAUCAUUUAUGCUACUAACUGUGUCAUUUGUACUGCGCCGAUAAAAAAAAACCAAACUCAACUACUCAAGCACGUCACCGACAAACGGUUGUGAGAUUUCCAAGACAAACGAAGGAAAAAACGAAUUGUAAAUAGCAAAACGUAGAUGUUAAAUUCAUGGAAUGAACGAAAUGGCAUUCAGUACUUAACAAGGAAAAAAACGAACAAACAGAAAAGAUAUCGAAAGAGAAUAUUAAGUUCCCAUAAAUAACGUAUUCGAUUAGAUGUAAGCGUAGUGCAUAAAAUUUCGAGAAUGAUAAGUUUAUUUAAUAAAAUGAAAUGCGAAUUGUUUUAUAA